AUGCGGCAAUUUUUAGGGAUUUUUGUGUUCCUGCCUGUUUGUUUCUCGAUCGUCUGUUAUAAUGGUCUCAAAGUCAUUCAAGGCACGUCGAUCGGCGAUAACACGGUUACAUGCGGCUCCGCAGCUCAAUGUUACAACAUGAGCGCCCAAGCCGGCCAAUACCUCGAUGUCGUGAAAGCGGGCUGCUCGCUAUGGAGAUGCUUGUUCGCGAGCAACCGCUGCAUCAGCACCACCUUCCAAAAGAUCCCAAUCUCGAUAGAUAAAAAGCAAAUCACCGGCAACACAAACGCCGAGCCGAGCGAGGAAGAAGUCGCCGAGAUGCAGAAGAUUCGCACCCAGUUUGCUGCCGCUGGAGUUGAUGAGGACGCUCCGCGCUCAACUAGGAGUGUAUUGGAAGCUACGAUGCCUGGUGAAGAGGUGGCCAUCGAUGAUAUCCAAGCUACGCCCAGCGCC